AUGGGGCAUAGCGCCAGCUACUGCCACGAAGAAGCCUGCAGCUGCGCAGGACCCGCAGGAAAGGCCCCGAAGGAAAUCGUGGAGGCGACGCCCACAUGCGACGAUCCGGACGGCCAGAGGCGGCCCGUCUCCGAGCCUGUGGAGGAUGGGCAGCUGGACUUGAUCGCAGAAGAUGUCGGCAGAAUGGCAUCUCUGCAGGUGGACGAUGAAUCGAAACAUCUGCUCCGUGCUAUUCCUCUAGCGACGGCGCUUCGCCGACCCAACCUCUGGCGCACCUCGCCCGUGGAUUUGGACCCGGCCUCUCGCGAGAGGCUAUGGGAAAUGUCUACCCAAGUGUCCUCCUUCGACGUGUUCAUCUCCCACACUUGGCAGACGUCUGGACUUCGGAAGUAUCUGUCCCUUCUGCUGCAGUCUGGCUGGAAGGUGGCUACUCUUUCUGGCGUUGCCGCCGUGGCUGUGGUUUUCAUCCUCGGCGCCACGUCGGUUCUCCCAUUGCCUUUCCAGUGCAUCUUCGAGAUCGCAGCAUACCGACGUGCGAACCCCCAGGGCCGGAUUGUCAUGGCACCCAUCUUCGUUGAGACCGUGGUAUUCUGCAUGUGGGCGUGCAUGAUGAUUUGCGCAGCGUGGAUUUGGAUGUCUGCAGGUUUCAUCUUGGGCGAGGGCGGCUUCUUUGUCCUUCUGGCUCUCGUGGUGGUUCUGACGCCCGUGUGCGUGGCGAUACACCUUCUGCGCCGCACGCUCAACAGCAAGCAUGUGCUCCUGGAAGGCCUUUCCACUUUCGAUCUGCAGCACGCUCACUGUCGACUAGAGCACGACCGUCUCUUCGUGCACAGGGCGAUCGACGACUGGUACGGUAGUGCUGAUGCAUUCACCGAGCACGUGCGAGGGCCCCUGAAAGAGGAGUUGCUAAAGUCUUCUUCAAACUUUAUGGUUCCAAUCUACUACUAUGCUCUUAUCAUGAUGCCGUUUGUGGGCGAGAGCCUGGAUGAGGUGCUAGCGUUUUACAUGGGAGGUGCUUCUUGGAGGAACAUCCUUGCCCAUCUACUGGCUCACACCGUCGGACUCUGCGUGUGGUACACCAUGGCGCUAGAGCUCUGCAUCUUCAUGAGCUACCGCUGGGCGGCACCUUGCAAGCAAGUUGCCUGGAACAUCGGGCAAACCUUCGCCAUCUUCUUACUGCCAGCUCUUGUGAUUGGCUUUGGUUCAACUGCUUGCCGUGCUGCAUUCCGCAGAGGCUUCGCUCAAAGCGUAGUCUUUUCCCUAUUUGCGGUGUUUGUAUCCACCUUCGUUGUGCGUCGUCUUCGCCGUCAGUUGCAGCUAUGCAAUUGCUGUUAA